UCUUUUUGUUUUAUUCAGUAAACGUUCCUGAGGAGGUAAUGAAAUGGGGCAUUGAUGCAAGGCGGAGAUAUGUAAAAAGUAGUAAAGAACAAGGACGAAAGAAACUGUACUGUGCUAGAGGUAUGCUUGUUGGAUGCGCAGGCGCAGGAAAAACAACACUUCUUAGAAAGCUUCAGAACAGAGAGACAGCAGAUAAAGACCGACCCACGGAGACAACUGUGGGUCUGGAGGUCCAUGAGGAUUUGUUUGAAAUAGAAUCUGGCACACUGAAAAAUUACAAAGGAAACUCUUCAGUAUUCCACAGUGAUAAACAGCUGAUAAGCAUGACAGAUUUUGCUGGACAAGUGGCGUACUAUGCCUGUCAUCAGGUUUACCUGUCCAGAAGAGCGUUCUAUAUGUUAGUCGUUGACAUGUCCAAAAAUAUGACAGAGAAAGUUCACGAGCAUAACAAGGAUCGCCACGACCCAAUUGGAUCCUUAUUUCACAACUGGACCUAUGAUGACUACAUCGUCUUCUGGCUUCAGUGCAUAAAAACUUACUGCGAUGUCGGAAAAAGGCGAAUCCGUGGUAGAGAAACAGAACGAGAGAAUGAUGUCCCCGUGAUUCUCAUCGCUUCACACAAAGAUGAGGCUGAUUCGAUCUGCAGUAACAAGCCUCUGUGUAUCUUGGGAUGUUGUAUUGCCUCCUCGGAGAGGGGGCAACAUACAUCGGAUUUCUUCUGGAAGUUGAGGAAUGCAUUGCCUAAAGGACUAGCUUUGACAGAUAUCUUAUCAUCCGACAGAUAUUUUGAAGUCGAAUGUCCACCAAGACAUUUAAAUUACGAGGAAAAGAAAGCUAUAGAAAAUGUCAAAAAAUGCAUUGUCAAAACCGUCAUGCAGUUGCCUCAGUGGGGAGAAGAAAUUCCUUUAACUUGGAUAAAGUUAGCCGACAUUCUUAAGAAAAAGAAAAGAGAAGGAGAAAGAAUCCUGAAAAGAGUUGCAUUGCAAGAAAUGGAAGAAUUUACAUUUUCAACUGAGCAGGACAUUGACGAUAUGCUUCGAUUUCUCCAUGAAAUUGGACAUGUUUUAUAUUUUGCAGAUAAGAAAUUGAAGGAUACGAUUAUAAUCAAUGUCCAAUGGUUUGUUGACGCGUUUAAACACAUCAUCACCGAUCGAAAGCACGUGCCAGGCAAUAAUAAGGCAUGUGACGAAUGGAUGGGAACAGGGAGAAUUUCCGAAUCAACCUUUCAGAAAAUAUGGGAGGAUUCCGGAGACGAAUCAUACGCUCUGUAUCAACAGGACAUUUUACCAUAUAUGCAGAAACUUGGACUUAUGACCAAAAAACUGACGGACUCAGAAAAGAAACCAGAUAUACACUACGUCCCAAGCAUGAACAGAGUGGAGUUUUCCGAGGAAAAUCUGGACGUAAUCAAUAGAGGACACAAAACAUCUGUUCUUAUUUUUCAUUUCAAGACGUAUUUGCCCCAUUUCUUCUUCUUCCGCCUGGUUGUUAGUUGUUUGGAGAAGUGGAGAGCACUCGAUCAAGACAUGUUUUGUAAAAGUGCAGCAUUUUACAAGACAGGCGAUUAUAGCCAUUGUAUUGUCAUUGCUGUUAACAAAACAUCGAUUCUGUUGCAAGUAUUUACACCUGGUAAGAGCAGGGAGCUACAAACCGAAAAAGUCGUAGAAAUAAGGAAUGAGGUUGAGAAGUUUGUUGAAGAAAUAACAGAAACCUUUCACGAUCAAGUUGGCUAUGAAAUAGGAUACUCUUGUGAGGAUGUGGCAAUUACUAGUGUCGAUGAAAAUAACUUUUUGCCAGAGUCCGAAGCGUUAAAAUUUGAAAAAAGCGUAACGUGUCCAAACCAUAUUAAGGCAAAAUCACCCCACGACGUCAACAGGCGUGACUUGAUUGGAUGUUGGAGGAGCGAUAUUUGAACGUUGUAACACGAUGACAACAAAUAUAAAUGCGUGUUUCACAAGCGCACUAUGCAAUACAAACUGUUUGAAUAUUCAUUUCACAAACCCAUCUAUAUACUUUGAUUCCAAACUUACCCUGCGCUAAAAUUAAUAUACACUUAACCAUAUGUUACAGGACAUGUACAUAGUAUCAAACUUCCAUAUAUCCUGAACAAAAGCAAAAUCAUUUCCCCAAAUAUUCUGAUAAAAAAAGCUGUAUCAUUUCCACACAAAAUUUCUUUUCAAACAAAAGACAAAAUAGAAAAAAUCACAUAGAGGACCAAUAUGGUCAAAUCUUCUGUGUAACUUUUAAAAACUGAAAUGGUUCUUACUUAGCAUUAAUGUACAAAUAAUUAUAAACUAGUUCAUCCGACUAUAUGUAACUGAUUUUACCCGCUUCAUUUUAUAUUCUAUUUGAAUAUCAAAUGUGUAGUGAUUCUUUACCCCUGCCAUUGUAACUGGAUAAUAGUAAUCGUUUCAAUAUUCUAUUUCGUUUUCCAAUGUAACCCUUUAAUGCAUUUGUUCAUUUUUACUGAUGAAGGAUUUAUUGCUGUUAGAAAUUUAAUAUUUUUUUUCUGUCGUUCAUGACCUCCUCAAAAACAUUCUUUUAGGUUUCAUUUCUCCAGCCUAUACUGUAAACAGGGAAAUAUUCGCCACCUAAUCUAAUUACCUAGUUUGUGUAAAUAUUUCAAACAGAAACCAAUUAAGAGAAAGUUUAACAGGACAAUGACCUUUAUAAAAGUUAUCAGUUACCACUGCUUUUCGAAGACGCAAGUCCCUUCAUGUCCAUAACUGCAAUUAAUAAAAAGAAAUCUCAUCUGACUUGGGUGCCUUUGUAUUGAGGGUACCCUUUAAUAUCAUUUUACAAAGCAAGAUGGAAAAUUAUUGACACACUCUUUAUGUCACUGCUCUGUUUAAUUUAAAUAAUUCUGGCAACGUCACUAUAUAUAUAUGUUCGUGAUGUCAGUAGGGUAUUGUAUUAAACAGCUGCUGCAUAAAACACGAUAUUUUGCUAAGAAACGCCUUAGAUACACAUUGAUAUACAUUGAUGUGGGAGAGUCCCAUACUGCUGUGGGUUUUCAGUCUUGUUUUGAAAAUGUUUACAGAAAUAUGAUUUGAUGACGUUACAAAGCAUUGCUACUUUUUAUCCGCUUUUAACUUGGAAAUAAUGAACUGCUUUGAUUGUAACUAUCUGUAUCAAUAAAAGUGUGUCAGACUCCUCA